AUGCGGAUUUCGUUGAGGGCGAUCGACAAAAAUGCACCUGCAGGGGAAUGGGCCAUCGUUCACACUGGUAAUGGUAGCGCCGUUCACAACCACAAGCCAUCCAUGGACGCUCGUGUCCACGCAGCUCACAGAUCCAGAGCUGCUCAGGAUAUCAUUGCUACUUCUGAGCGCUCAGUUCACAGUACAAUUGAGGCUCAAUCUGCAGCUGGUGUACCGGUAGCCAACAUUUACGCAACAAUGUUGAAUCAUGACCCCAACACUAUGCUACUUCCUAAGGAUAUCGCUAACGCCAAGGACUAA